AUGGCUCUAAAAGCUGUUCAUGUCUCUGAUCUUCCAAAUCUUGAUCAAGUCCAAGAAAAUGCAGCAUUGGCUUUCUUUUCUUCCCGGUUGAACACUCAAUGUGCGACUAUCGAGGAAAGGGAUGACCCAAAGCGAGGAUUUAAAUUCCCAAAGUUUGUGGUGAUGGGACAUAGAGGCAGUGGAAUGAACCUGUUACAAUCUUGUGAUCGGAGAAUGAAAUCAAUGAAGGAGAAUUCAAUUCUCUCCUUCAAUUUUGCUUCCAAGUUACCUCUGGAUUUCAUUGAAUUCGAUGUUCAGUCCAACGACACGCCGUUGUUUGCAUUUGGUGAUCUAGAACGUGGCCUUCUCACCUUUGUCCAGGUGACCAAAGAUGACUGUCCAGUCAUUUUCCAUGACAACUUCAUCCUCGCUGAAGACAAGGGUGAACUUAUUGAGACGAGAGUUACAGACCUCACUUUAGCUGAGUUUCUUUCCUAUGGACCCCAAGAAGAAGUUGGCAAUGUGGGGAAGCCUUUAUUUAGGAAAACAAAAGAUGGGAGAAUCUUUGAAUGGAAGGUUGAAGAAGAUGCCCCUUUUUGUACACUACAACAGGUAUUCCAGAAAGUUGAUGAUACAAUGGGCUUUAAUAUCGAAUUGAAGUUUGACGAUAACAUAGUCUAUAAAGAGGAAGAAAUAACACAUAUUCUUCAAGUGAUUUUGCAGGUGGUGUUUGAGCAUGCCAAGGGGAGACGUAUAAUGUUCUCAAGCUUUCAACCUGAUGCAGCUCUGUUAAUGAGGAAAUUGCAGAGUACCUACCCUGUGUUCUUCCUAACUAAUGGAGGAUCCGAAAUUUACACGGAUGUGAGAAGGAAUUCCUUGGAUGAGGCCAUUAAGGUUUGCACAGAAGGUGGCCUCCAAGGAAUAGUCUCUGAAGUCAAAGCUGUCUUCAGAAAUCCAGGAGCAGUGACAAGAAUUAAAGAAUCUAAGCUUUCUCUAAUUACCUUUGGCCAAUCGAAUAAUGUGCCAGAGGUGGUAUACACGCAACAUUUGAUGGGCAUUGAAGGGGUGAUUGUUGACCUAGUUCAGGAGAUAACGGAGACAGUCUCCCGUUUUAGAGACUCUGCCAAAGAUGGAGAAGAAUUGAGCUUGUUUGGGGAGGAAGGGAAGGUCCAAGUGAAAACAAAGCCUCGAUUUUCAAGUGAAGAGCUCUCUUUCCUGCUGAAGCUUAUAUCUGAAUUUAUUCAGUCUUGA